GUCCGCGUAUGCGCUGGCGGCCUGCCCCCCUCCUCCUGUUCCCCUCUUCUCCCCUCUCUGUGAAUACCCUUCCACCCAUCGCGCCUCUAUAGACUCCGUAGAGGGCAAAGGACCAGAACGAUGGGCUACAUCCCGCAGCAUGCGCUGGAAAAUCUACGAAAAUACUCGUAUAAGGGAGUAGACAAAUCUCUGGUCUCGCGAUACCUCCUCCAGCCGUUCUGGAACUGGUUCGUGACGCUCUGGCCGACGUCCGUCGCCCCAAAUACAAUUACAUUAUCUGGCUUGUGCCUCGUACUAAUCAACUUCGCGACGCUGUUGUACUACGAUCCGGCGUAUCUGACAGACCAGGAGGGAGCAGGACCACCGAGAUGGGUGUACUUCACGUGGGCUUUGGGUCUGUUCUUCUACCAAACAUUCGAUGCGAUAGAUGGAAAGCAAGCACGACGGACUGGCAUGGCUGGCCCUCUGGGCGAGAUGUUUGACCAUGGAUGCGACGCACUAAACACCACUCUCGAAGCGAUUCUGACAUGUCGCGCACUCAACCUCGGGCGGUCAUGGUGGACGAUCGCCUCGCAAUGCGCGACGCUCGCGAACUUCUACCUCUCUACGUGGGAGGAGUACCACACGAGCCAGCUCUUCCUGGGGUACUUCUCGGGACCCGUAGAGGGUAUCCUGAUGGUUGUGGGGAUUUACUUCAUCUCGGGCGUGUUUGGGGCCACGUUCUGGGACCAGCGCUUCCUUGACGUCACUCGGCUGAGGAACGUACCCGCGAUUGAGCAGAGGAUACCGGACAUUGCAUUGAACGAGGCGUUCAUGGCUUUUGGUGCACUUGCACUUGCAUUCAACAUCGUUGUCAGUUACAUCAAUGUCUUCAAGCACCGCUUAUCUAUCAAGCAAAAUCCAUUCUCGCCGCUCAUCUUCCUGCUGCCCUUCCCCAUUUCUGUCUUGACGGAGAUCGCUUGGCUGUCCGCCCCCUCCUUCAAGGACUCGGCGAUCCUGCACUCGCCGCUCGUUAUUCCGUUCAUGAGCUCGUGGGGAUUGCAGUUCGCCCACCAAGUGAGCAGGAUGAUCCUUGCCCAUGUCACGAAGCAGCCAUUCCCGUGGUGGGACUCGAUGUGGAUCUGGAGCAUCGUGGGUGCGGUGGACGCUAAUCUGCCUAUCCUGCUCGACCGAGAGCCACUCAUACAGAACUCGCGACGCAACACGGCGAUCUUUGUCUAUCUGACGCUCGUAGUGUCUUUCCUAUCAUACGCGAGGUUCUGCACGUUGGUCAUCAAGGACAUCACGAACUACCUCGGCAUCGCGUGCUUCACGGUGCGUAAGAAGGACAGGAGCGGCGAGUGGGUCGAGGCGUCCGCGGUGGACGCGAAGAAGCACUGAGUGCCGCUGGCGCUUUGGGGAUCGUCGUCCGCGAGAGUAACUUCUCUCGGAGACUCGGACGCCUCCCUGCACACGGUGAUGAUAAUGGUGGGUCAUGACUGCAUGCCUCGGACGAAAGUCAUGUCUGCGACGAUCUACAUCUGCAAUCACGAAAGUAUCUGUAGGUAAUGCCUAUCAUCUAGUACGUUACAGCGAAACAGAACAAUUGAAACAAGCAUGUACAUUCACAACAU